AAGUUGAAUCAACUUUUCAAAAUAUAGAAGAAGCUUCUACUGGUAAUUCUUCUGAUCAACAACGAAUUACUAAAAAAAGGAAAAUAAUGACACCAUCCUUGACUUAUAAUUAUGGUCAUGUAUUAAAAAGGAGACAUCGUAAAA